GACGGGACAACUGCCUGUUGUUAACGAUUUUGCAACACGACUCGUGACUACGAUUUCUGGCGAGGAAGGUUGUUGUACACCUCUGAGCAGUGCUGGCGCUGUGGAAGGCGGAGCCUCAGUAGCAGUAGAAACAACAAUAGACGAUGAUGAAGAUGAAGGUGACGCUGUUCUAGAUCCUAACGAUCUCGUGACACCUCCAACGACUCAGAUGACAAAAAUAGCGGAGGAUAUCGAAACCGAUUCCCGAGCAGACGCAGCGACAUCAACACCGUCAGAGGCCUUAGCUGAACUAAAGAAGCCUGUAGAUACGCCUCCUCCUGCUCCAGAGGCAGAUCUUGACGUCGACGACGCGGAACCUUCACCAGAGAAAAGAGUUUUUGAUCGCCAGUUGCGGAUAGGAGGUGCGACACUGAAUGCCCGGGUUCGGUUCAAUUUGAAACCAGAGAUCCGCAAGAUCGAUCGACGACCGAAGAAAGCUUCACUUGGCGCCUUUCUUGGCGGAUCACCGACGGGGAGCAGUGCAACGUGGCGAGG